AUGAAGUAUUCUAUCAAGAUAGACAAAAGGCUUCCUUUUAUUGGGCAUAUAAAUGGUGCUAAAUUGUUAGAGGUUCAAAAAUUAGAAAUCAGUUUGGGAGGGUUCAGGAGGCAAUUUCGGGAUGAGCAUGAUGAUGUCGAUAUGGUCGAUGAAACAGGAGCUGAAGAACAGCAAAUGCUAAGCUUUAAGAGGGAUUUUGGAGAUGAAGAGGCGUACGCAGCUGUUAUAGAGCAUAGUUAUGGGGUUAUUGUAACAGAGAAAAGUACUAUGGAGGUUGCGUUGAAGGAUGGGUUGUUAAAAUUCCCUCAUAGUGUGGUGCUGAAUGAGUGGAUGAAGAAAAUGAAUGAACUUUUUAAGGGAGUGUUUAAAGGGGCAGGUAACCAAAAAGUGCAUGAGCCUGCCUGCUUUAAUGAGGUAAAUAUGAAUGAUGUAGGUGAUGGCGGUGAAGGAAAUAGUUCACCUAUUAGAGGAUUGAUACUUACUGAAGUAAAUACUGAAAAGGACGACAAUUAUACCACACCUGUUGAUACGACUUCUUUAACAAUGACUCAGUUUCAUCGACUUCCAGGGGUGAAUGACGAAAUGAUCAAGUUGUUGGAGGAAACUGAGUUACAAGUGUAUAAAAAGAAAAAGCAAAUGUCAAUAAUCAGUGGGGAUAAUCUGGUAGGAAGAAAUAUAGGAGAAGCUGUUGAUAAUGCUGGAGGAUAUGAUGAUAAUGACAAAAGGGAAAAACGUAUUCCUAAAAAAGCAAAAGUAUUUAAUUCGCCCAAUAUUGAAAGAAUUGUUAAGGUUGGGGAAAAACUGUCUAAGGAUGAAACAUGGAUAUGCAAUUUAGUUUUUGCAUCUACAAGAGAUGAUGGGGAUGAGAUUUGGGACAUUGGAACAGGUCAUUUGCUGCACCAGGGUUUUGCAUAUCAAUUUAAUCAUGGAAUGUUUUUGCAUUCUAAAAUAAUUGAUUGUUGGGCUGCGUUUUUAAAUAAAAUGGAAAACUACAAGGAUGAGUCAUCGCUUUCAAGAUUUUUCUUCGAUACAACUAUUGUGACAGAAGAUAUAUUGAAUGAGCUAAAGUCGGAAGAUAUGAAAUGUAGGCUUUUUGCUACUUUAUUGCGAAUCUACACUAAGAAAUUUGAUGUGAAGCCAAGUUUUAGAGACGUUGCACUUGUUUUCUUCCCAAUAGUUGAUGAUGGAAAGUAUUACUUACUCAUCUUUGAUCUGAAAUCAAGUUUGUACUACAUAGUAGAUCAUGUGAAGAGAACAGGAACUUUGGAAAGAAAGUAUGGCAUGAUACCAAACCUGGUGAAAAAACUGUUUUGCAACUACUUGACAUCACAACAUCAUCCAAUGGCAAAAACGUUAACUUUUAAAGCAGCACGUGUGAUGAACAUAUCUUGGCUAGUCGAAAAAGCUGGAACAGAAUGUGGAAUAUACCUCAUGAGGCAUAUGGAAACGUACAUGGGGGAAUAUGAAGGGCGUUGGGAGUGUGGUCUUACAGGUAAAAUGCCUGCUGAUGUGAGUGCUACAAUUAAGCUAAGGAUAAAAUACAUGGCAAGAUUGUUGACAUCUGAUUUCAAUAAGUUCAAGAAUAUGAUAGUUAAAGAUAUUGAAGCGUUUCGUAAGCUUGACAUUUUGGAACAAGAUAUGCUUCUAAGAGAGUCAGCUGAAAACAGGAAGAAAAAAAGAAAAACAAAGGGUCGUAGGUAA